GUUACAUUAUAGUGCACCUUUUAGAAAAAAGAAAAAAAUAAUUCGUUCUGUAUACAUAUAUAGAACAUUUAGAUUCUAUGACUGUAGAUCGUAAUUAAUAUUUAAUUACAAACAUCUCACAAAAAAAAAAUAAUUAAGAGUCAUGUUGCAAUUGGCUAUCCUUGGAACACUCUUUACCGUGUCAAUGGCACAAUUUCAAUCUACUGGAAGAAUUUUGGAACCACCAGUUCCUGCCCUGUGCGCGCAAAGAAUUAUUCACGAACGCUUUAAUGGUAAGGGUUACUAUUACUCGUGGGCUGAUCCAAGAACAAAUGGACAAGAGAUCGAUUGGUUGGCGGGAAGAAAUUUUUGUAGGCAAAGAUGCAUGGAUCUCGUCUCAUUGGAAACUUCGGCAGAAAAUGAGUUCAUCAAAAGCCGUAUUGUUCAAAAUAAGGUGAAAUACAUUUGGACAUCUGGUCGUCUUUGUGAUUUCAAAGGUUGCGAUAGACCCGAUCUUCAACCUCUUCAUGUUAAUGGCUGGUUCUGGACUGCCGAAUUACAGAAACUUGCGCCAACUACCGAUCGGUCUCAGAACGACUGGUCCGAAAGUGGCGGUAUUGGAAAACCUCAACCCGAUAAUCGUGAACCCAUUCAACAAGGAGGCGCCCCAGAGAACUGUUUAGCAGUGCUUAAUCAAUUUUAUAACGAUGGAGUAAACUGGCACGAUGUCGCUUGUCAUCAUAAAAAACCAUGGGUGUGUGAGGAGAAUGACUCUCUAUUAAAAUACGUUCACUUUACCAAUCCAAAUAUUCGUAUCUAA